AUUUUAUUUUAUUUUUUUAAAAUCCCAGUUACUUAUCUUAUAUAAAUCCCAGUCCUCUUUGAAGUUCCCACCAUUUGCAAUCUUCAAUUCUUUCUCUCGUUGGUUUCUUCUGUUGACUUCACUCUCCAUCCAUGGCUACUCAGGGACAGCCCAUCACUUGCAAAGCUGCGGUUGCUUGGGAGGCGAACACGCCGUUGGUAAUAGAGGAUGUGCAGGUGGCUCCACCACAGGCCGGUGAGGUUCGAAUCAGGAUUCUCUUCACUGCUCUUUGCCACACUGAUGCUUACACUUGGAGUGGAAAGGAUCCUGAAGGUCUCUUCCCAUGUAUUCUUGGUCACGAGGCUGCUGGGAUUGUCGAAAGCGUUGGUGAAGGCGUGACAGAGGUUCAACCAGGUGAUCAUGUUAUCCCUUGCUACCAGGCGGAAUGCCGAGAAUGCAAGUUUUGCAAAUCAGGGAAGACAAACCUUUGUGGAAAAGUUCGUGCAGCCACUGGUGUUGGAGUCAUGAUGAAUGAUCGUAAAACCCGAUUCUCAAUUAAAGGAAAACCCAUCUACCAUUUCAUGGGAACCUCAACAUUCAGCCAGUACACAGUUGUGCAUGAUGUUAGCGUUGCUAAGAUCGACCCAGCAGCCCCUUUGGAGAAAGUUUGCCUCCUUGGCUGCGGUGUUCCUACUGGUCUUGGAGCAGUUUGGAACACUGCAAAAGUAGAAGCAGGGUCCAUUGUUGCUAUUUUUGGACUUGGGACGAUUGGACUUGCAGUCGCGGAGGGUGCAAAAGCAGCUGGAGCUUCACGGAUAAUUGGCAUAGAUAUUGACAGAAAAAAGUUUGAUAGAGCAAAGGAUUUCGGAGUUACUGAAUUUGUGAAUCCAAAGGAGCAUGAUGAACCAAUUCAACAGCGUCUCAUUGAUCUCACUGAUGGUGGUGUUGACUAUAGCUUCGAGUGUAUCGGAAAUGUUUCUGUGAUGAGGGCUGCUUUGGAGUGCUGUCACAAGGGCUGGGGAACCUCCGUAAUUGUGGGUGUUGCAGCAUCUGGCCAGGAGAUAAGCACUCGUCCUUUCCAGUUGGUGACUGGCCGUGUUUGGAAAGGAACAGCUUUUGGUGGUUUCAAGAGCCGUUCGCAGGUGCCUCUGCUUGUAGAAAAGUACAUGAAAAAGGAAAUUAAGAUCGAUGAGUACAUCACCCAUAAACUGACUCUUGGGGAGAUGAAUGAGGCAUUUGAUCUGCUGCACGAAGGCAGCUGCCUCCGGUGCGUGCUUGAUAUGCAACUCUAAGGCUAAAUCCCCAGCCCGCCUGCCAUAUUUUAUAGGGAACACAAUGUUUUGUAACUUUCUUUCUUCUUUUCGGUUGGAAUAUAUGGAGAAGAAGAAGAAGAAAAACACCCUUAUCAGGUGUAAGGAUGAUUUUAUAUAGGGAAUAAGAUUUGAGUGCAUGAUGUACUCAUAAGUUGUUGCAAGGUUGAUGGAAUUUUGAGGUUUUGCAUGAAUGAGUGAUCAGGAUAUGUUUGUGUUGAA